UGGGGCGCCCUUCGCUCCUCCCGCUCGGCCGCGGCGGGAGGGGUGGGGCGUGGUUCCCACGAGCAGUAGGUGAUGGCGCUCGCCGCGAGGCUGUGGUGCUUCCUCCCUUUGGGCCGUGGCGCCGCCGCGGGACCUGGGCUAGCGAGAGGUGUCGCUGGCAAACGCAGGUGGUGCUGUACAUGGCGACUCCGCGGCCCUAAGGUGUUGGGAAACCCAGGAGCUUUCAAAAGAAGCCUGUUAUUCUCAGCCUUGUCUUAUAUGGGCUUUGAAACUUACCAAGCCAUUUUUCAGGCUGCUGUGGUUCAUGCCACAGCCAAAGUCUUUGGAGUUGAAGAAAUCCUUGAACAGGCAGACUACUUGUAUGAAAGUGGAGAAACAGAAAAACUUUAUCAGUUGCUAACCCAAUACAAGGAAAGUGAAGAUGCAGAGUUACUGUGGCGGUUGGCCCGGGCAUCACGUGAUAUAGCUCAGCUUAGCGGAACCUCAGAAGAGGAGAAAAGGCUCUUGGUGUAUGAAGCCUUAGAGUAUGCAAAAAGAGCCCUAGAAAAAAAUGAAUCAAGCUUUGCAGCUCAUAAGUGGUAUGCAAUCUGUAUUAGUGAUGUUGGAGAUUAUGAAGGCAUCAAGGAUAAAAUUGCAAAUGCUUACAUUAUCAAGGAACAUUUUGAGAAAGCAAUUGAACUGAACCCUAAAGAUGCUACCUCAAUUCACCUUAUGGGUAUUUGGUGUUACACAUUUGCUGAAAUGCCUUGGUAUCAACGAAGAAUUGCUAAAGUGCUUUUUGCAACUCCUCCUAGUUCCACCUAUGAGGAGGCCUUAAGCUACUUUCACAGGGCAGAGGAAGUGGAUCCAAAUUUCUACAGCAAGAACUUGCUUCUUUUAGGAAAGACAUAUUUGAAGCUGCACAACAAAAAGCUUGCUGCUUUUUGGCUAAUGAAAGCCAAGGAUUAUCCAGUGCACACAGAGGAGGAUAAACAGAUACAGACAGAAGCUGCUCAGUUGCUUACAGGUUUCAAUGCCAAGAAUUGAAAAUUUUUUUUAGAAGUACACGAAAUAUCUAAGAAACAUUGCCUUUUCAUCAAAUUAUAAAGAUAAUAAAUCAACCAUAACUGUU